AGUUGUUUUGGAUUUCUUGGGCGCGCUGGGAAGCUGGAGGGCUGAAGGAGGGUCUUCCUGACAGCCGCCGAGUGCAUUACUACGCCAUUGACUGAAUACUAAUGCCGGUUUGAGCAAAUGAGUAUACGACGGCUUCACUCGUUAUCACUGGUGGACGGAGACGUUAACCCUCAUCAACUAGUUGCCUCGGGCACGUCUGAAAGCCCCAGCACACAUGCUGGGAAACUCCCGUCGCUAUGGAAAAGCUUUAAAGCAAAGCUUGGCUCGCUGACAACAAGCAGGAGUUCCACAAGCUUGUCGACCAUGGCAACGGAUGACCCUUCGCGCCCCGCGUCCCCGGGCGCUUCGCCGCCUGUACAAGCACUUGACUCCAGCGUACACAGCAAUUCAGGUCUCAGCAUAACCUCUCGUCGCUUUUUUGCGAAAGUCAGCCACAACCAACCGUCGCCAGGGGAGUUGAAUACAUGCAGGUCCGUCCCGGCGGUUACAGGCUCCAGCGCGCUGCCAAUUCGCAGCCCACGUGCACCUAGUCCAGGCUGCGAAGUUGGCAACUCCUUACAAAUGCCAGCGUCGCCUAACGCACAACCUUCUGCAACUGUCAUGCCGUCUGCUGCGAGCGGUACGGUGCAACAACCGCCACCCCAGCAGCAGCAGCAGCCUAUCGCGGUCGCAGUGGAGCCGUCAGAGACCACUAACGGCAGCAGUACCACCGGCGCUGGUGGUGGUGGUGGUGGCGGCGGUAGCAUGCUCCUGUCUGUGUCAUCGGCCCUACCUGCAGCCAUGCGACGGCCUGUGUGGUCCCUCGAGGACUAUGCUGUCUCCAAGCGUCUAUACAAAGGCGGCUCCUCCGCCGUUUACAAGGCGACAUGUCGGCGCUCUGGGAUAGCAGUCGCACUCAAGGUGUACUUCCUAUCACGGGUUCCAGUCAACGUAGUUCACAUGCUUAAACGAGAAAUCGAGAUCCACGCGCAGCUGGUCCACAAGCACAUCGCCCGGUUGUACGGCGCCUUCAUGGACGGCAACGAGCGCGUGGUGCUAGUGCAAGAGUUCGCUGCGCAGGGGGAUCUGUUCGGUAUCAUGCAGCGACUGGGGGGUCGCAUGCAGGCAGAGCAGGCUGCGGGAGCCGUCAUUCUGCCCUUCCUAGACGCGCUGAACUACCUGCACUCCAAGGGCGUGUGCCACCGGGAUAUCAAGCCUGAGAACAUCCUGUUUACCACCAACUGGCGGCUGCUGCUGGCGGACUUCGGCGUGUCCAUCAACCUGGGUCAGGAGCGAGCUGUCACACGCGCAGGCACGGAGGGCUACAUGGCCCCGGAGGUGGAGCGCUGCCCGCUCAAAUCCGACCCAGCGGAGAACAAGGACAACCCACACUACGCCUACUCCACCGCUGUGGACAUCUGGGCUGUCGGUGUGCUAGCCUACGAGCUGCUGGUGGGCUUCCCGCCCGUCGUCGCCAUGCCCCACGCUCCCAAACAAGGCACCAACGCCUCCGCCGCCGACACCGUGAUGAACGACUUUGUCCAAAACGAGAUGACCGCAGCGGCACUGCACUUCCCCGCUUCCGUACCGCCGGCCGCGCGCUCCUUCGUGCUGUCAGCCCUGGCGACUGACCCCCGUGAACGUCCCACGGCCGCGCAGCUCAUGCAACAUCCCUGGCUGCAGGCCGCGGCGGCGGAAGCGGCGCCGACACCGCCACGGACGCCGGCGGCGGAGCAGGCGGAGGCGGGGCCGACUGAUGUGCGGGUGAACGCGUUGUGCAGGGUACAGCAGCAGCCGGCGGUGGAGGCAGCGGCAGCGACAGCGGCUGCAAAGGGGCAGAGGCAGCAGCGGGAGGAUGAGUAGGCGGUGCGAAGCAGGGUUUGGGUGUGGGUGAGCCGCGCGUUGCCCGUACCUGUGGAUACGGGAGUGACUUGAGAAUGUUCAGAACACUCUCAAGCUGCUGCCGAGCAGGGCGGGUGUUUUGCUGGCGGAGCUGCAGGGAUCAGGGGUGCUUCGUUGGGUUGCGGAAGGAAAGUUGUGUUUGGGUGUGUUUAUUUAUCUGGUGUCCUUCUAUGCGCCUUCAGCAUGUGAUGCGGUUGCGAUGCGGCUGCUAUGCGGCUGCACGGUAUUGGCUACUUCAUACUGUCGGUACUUGUUACUCAUGUCCGUAUGUGUGUCCGAUACGCCCCGAGAAUUAGCGUGUGUGCAGUAGCAAUGAAGUCACUGUUACCUUGCGCGUUUCUGACACCCUUAUCUGAUCAAAACUGUCUUAACUUGUAGUGUUGUAGCUGCCGUGUUGGUUUCCAAGGUGCACUUGCACGAGACCGGGCGCUCUCUGCAUGGCUGCUUCGAACUUGUUGUAUUGGUCGCGAACAAUUAGAAAACUAUAUGUUGCGCGACGAGAGAUGUUUUGCAGGUGCGGCAUCAGGCCACGCGAAUUGUUGGGAUGGCUUCCGACGGCCGAUGUCAAUGGGUGGCAUUACAUUCGUCAAUAAAAACGAAUUAUGUGACGUCGCUGGUUUUUGCGCUGCAUUAUUUCGAAAGACGCUGCGGUUCCAGGCAGGUUGCGCGAUUCACUUGUUGCUUGGCACAGUUUUAUGCAUAGUUGUAUGCAUGUCGUUGAAUCUGGUCCGCAAUUGGGAUCGGGACGGCAUAGAAGAGGAUGGAGAUGCGCUUUGGCGAUGUCCGUCGUUGGUUUUGGAUCACUGGGUUCUGCUUACGUUGUACGGCGGUCGUUGGGGGUUGGAGACGAACCAGGGCAUGUGUUGCAUGUGGUGUAUGUAUGUGCAGGUGCGAGGUUAAGAAAGGCAUCUGUACGGCACGUGAAUGCUUUGGGGUUAAUGUUUUAGUGUAUGUGCGGUUAGCGCACGUCGCGAGUGAGGGAAACACAGUCAGUGGCAGGCCGGUGCGAUGAAUUGAGCAGGUGAGUACCCAUCCUGCUUUCCAACCUGCUCAUGCUGUCUAUUUGCUGUUGGUUGAGUCGUUCUGGCUCUCCUGCAAUAAUCGCAUGCUGGUUGCGGACGGCGGCAAGGCCCAAGAGCGCGGCACAACGAUGCAUGCAUGCAUCGGGCCGGCGGCCGGGGCGUGUCAUGAGGCCUGUUUUACUGCCGUAUCAUAGCGGUAGCAUGCUUUCCCUUGGCUUUCCCGUACUAAAUAUAAGGUUGCUGUGCUGGCCUCAUGGAGUGAGGCCCCGUUGUUUGGUUGUAGGUGUACGAUUGGGGCCCGUUGAUGUUGCCUGUGCAAUUGCUUUUGCUCGACGUGAGGUUAAGGGCACGGCCUAGCACUGGGAAAAUGCCUCGGGGUUUGAGCUGCAGCAAUCUGGAAGCAGUCUCGGGGUCUCUGCGCUUGCAGAAGUCUACACAAGUCCGGUAUGAGGCAUGUUGUUGAUGUUGAUGAUGUGAAACUAUUGAGCCUCUGAUCACUGGAGGAAUGCACAAAGAUGAGUUAUGGUGGUUGAGCCGGGCCGAAAUCCUUGGUCGCCAUUCAAGAAGAUGCACCGUAAGUAGCAAUGCACGCAAAAGCAUGUAACACUUGAAUGAGGGCUUGCGCCU